UAUAUGUAAAUAUAUAUAUAUUUGUAUAUAUUUCUUCCAUUGUCGGACAUCUACAAGAAAACAAGAGAUCACCAGUAUCCAAGUUUUGUGGAUAAAAAAUCAAAAUAUUCCUUUCAGAAUUACUAACUGAUUUUAGUAAAAGAAAAGACAAACUAACUAUUUGAUUGACAAUCUAACAGACUGAUCGUAUGAAUUAUUUAAUUCCAUAAAUUUGGAAGAAGGCUUCGAUGUAAGGAAAAAAUAUAUCCAAGAAGGCUCCCUUCCUACAAAGGAAAAAAAGAAAGAUCCAACGAAUCUUCUUAUAGAAGUGAAAAUUAUUAAAACCCUUUGAAAAAAAAAAAAAGAAAAUCGGUUUAAGAUUAGUUAUCAACAACCAUAGGGCUCGUGAACAGUUUCUGUCGUGGAAAGAACAGUCAAUUAGAUACAUCUGUCUCUGACAAGAACAGCUUUUCUAGAGACACUCCGAAGAAGCAGAGCCCAGAUUCGAACUCCCAACACCAUCAGCGAAGAGUCGAAGAGGGUCAUCACCGUCACCAGCAACACCGUAACUACAAUCGCUGCGGUUACUCGUACUAUUACGAGACCAACUGUCGCCACCACCAGCAACAACAACACCACCACCGCUAUCGCCAUCAUCUACAGCAGCAGCUUCGCCUUCAUCUACUCCGUCAACAUCAUCAUCAUCACCACCAAUAUAAGAAGCAAUACGACGGCGGGGUGGCGGUGGAGGACGAAACGAUGACGGGUACGGACUGUGAAGACGGUCUGAUGGUACCCAAUAACGGGAAUUUCACCUGUGGCGUUGUAGAAGGUUUCUAUGGCAGACCAUGGACAACAGAUCAACGAAGAAUUUUAUUCAAAUGGAUGAGCAAAAUGGGACUCAACACAUACCUGUAUGCCCCGAAAGAUGAUUGUAAGCACAGAGCCAUGUGGCGUGAUUUAUAUUCUGUGGAAGAAGCUGAUUGCCUGACUGGUCUCAUUGAUGCUGCUCACGAUCAGAAUGUUGAGUUUGUUUAUGCGCUCUCGCCAGGUUUAGAUAUCACAUAUUCCAGUACAAAAGAUGUCACUGCCUUGAAGAGGAAGUUGGAGCAAGUUGCUACAUUUGGUUGUACAGCUUUUGCAUUACUCUUCGAUGACAUUGAUCCCCAACUGUGUGAAGCAGAUAAGAACAUAUUCCAGUCCAUUGCUGCAGCACAGGUGUCUGUCACCAACGAAACCUACCAACAUUUAGGACAGCUAAAGUUUCUAUUUUGUCCAACAGAGUAUUGUUCAGCACGUGCUAUGCCUGCAGUAUCAAACUCUGAAUACUUGAGUACAAUUGGGGCCAAACUGUUACCUGAUGUAGAUGUCAUGUGGACUGGUAACAAAGUUGUGAGCAAGAAAAUCACUAUACAGACUUUAGCGGAGGUGUCGAAGAUCUUACAGCGUCAACCUGUGAUCUGGGACAACAUUCACGCAAAUGAUUAUGACCCGAGGAGAGUCUUUCUGGGGCCUUAUGAUGGACGCUCUCCAGAAAUUAUCCCUUAUGUCAAAGGGGUUCUGACGAACCCAAAUUGUGAAUUUGAGGCCAACUUUAUCCCACUGCACACCCUUGCCCAGUGGUGCAAGUCCAAUGUCAAUGGUGUUAAGAAGGAUAUCAUUGCAGGUGACCGCUUGAGUCCAAUUGCUUCUGACAUCAAACUGGAAACUGAAAUUGAUUUCACAUCUGACGAGGACAUCCCUGCUAAAUUUGACACACGCUACCAACCGAGGGCUGCGCUGAAGGUAGCCAUCAAUGAGUGGAUCAAAGAGUUGGCAUGCAGCCGUCAUUCAGUGAGGCUAACGUUUCCAAAGCCAAUUGUGCCAUUGAUCCCAUCUGUAAACACCUGUGCCACGGUGACCUCUCCAACAAUGACUCUGCCCACGGGCAGUAUGGUGUCUCCAAUGCCAGUUGGUAUGGUUGGUGGAGUCUUUCCAAAUAGUGAGGUUGUAGACAAUUCGGCAGCAUCGUCUUACAUGCAGCCAGUGAUGGCUCCAAUCAACAGCUUGGUCGAGCCAGAUUCAGUCGGAAUUGAUGCCGAGGUGAUAGGUGAUCCUCUCUGCCCAGACACUGAGCCAAUGGACUGUUUCCCCUUUGUUGCUGCCACCACCUCCACCACAAUCGCCUUCAAUGCAAGCACUGGCGUUGCAGCCUCAGACACUGUGACCUCUCCUCCCACCGCCACCACUCCCCCUCCUCCACUCUCUCCACCUUCCACUAUCUCCACUACCACCAUCACCACCACUACAACCACAUCAGACGAAGGUCUGAAAUCGGCAAGCAGUUCGCCAUCUGACAAUGUGAUGCAGGUUGACAACGCAGUUGGCUGCACCACGGCCACAACCACCACUACCGCCACCACAAGCAACAGCAACUGUGGUAGUAGUAAUAACAAUGGUAGUCACAAUAGUGGCAGCGGUACGGCCAGCUGUACUACUAGUUCAUCAAGUGGAUCAUUUGACUCUGCGGACAAUGUUGAGG